AUGGCAACAGCCUGCUUGACUUCCUGGAUGACAGGGGUGGUGUUUGGGAGCAUCCCAGUCAUCUACGACUGGGUCAGGUAUGAUCCUGCAGAGAUGCUGUGUGCUGUGUUCUGGGAGAGCAGCUACUCAGACAUGAUGACCUAUAUCCUCUGUGCUUUCUCCAUCUGCAUCUUUCUGCCUUUCCUCCUCAUGCUUAUCUGCUCUCUAAGGAAUGCUGUGAGCUGCAGCUCCAGCAACAGUCCCAGUGAUGAAGAAUCAGAUCUGUCUGAGGUGGCGCCUCUCUUAGUGGCUUCUUACGUCGUCUGCUACACUCCCUUUUUUAUGUCUGAGCUGAUCCUACUGGGUCGGAAGAACCUGGCUCCUGCCCCUGAUUGGUUGCGGACCCUGUCCUCAGUGAUGUCGUACCUGGACUGCUGUCUGAACCCGUUCAUCUACUGUUACCAUCAGAACUUUCGUGAGGCUGGUCUAGCCCUGUUGUGGACCAGAAAACCAAGGAAACCAGUGUUAGAGCCGGUCCUCACUGCCAUCACCAGAACAGAUUUAGCCUGUUAG